CCUUCUGUUUGACAGGUUCUCUGCAAUAAAAAAUGUUUUAACUAAAAAGUGACAAGAAAAGUUGAAAUUUCGGAACAGCUACCGCAAUGGUGAACUGUUUUCUCUGCUUAGUUACUCUAUCGAAAAAGUGUGCAACGUUUAACAUACUAAAGUGCCAUGGAGCGCAUUCGAAAACAAAAUACGGUGAUUUGAUCGGAAAACUGCUGGACGAUCAAAAAUUGGUGAUUACAAUAUCAGAAGAGAAUUACAUUUGUGAGACAUGCAAUACUCUUAUUGAUGCAUUCGAUCGUCAUUUCUAUGAAGAGAAUGUGAUUAAACAGAUUUUGUCGCGACAAGUCGGAUUCAGCUAUCUGAAGAACAGGGGAGUAUCCCUGUCGAUCGACAGCGAAGCGUUAGCUACAUUCGACAAACGCUUAGACACUUAUCAAUGUAAACAAUGCACAUCGUUCAAAACAAAUAAGAUUGAGUUCGUAGCCGCACAUUUCAAGGCGCAUCAAUGCAAAUUAAACGACACCAGACCCGUAGUGAAACAUGAAAUCGACGACGAUGAUCAGGAGAUGCCAAUUGAAGAAAUUCUGUUGAAUCCUUCUUGUAAAUACGAAGACCUUGACGAUGACAAUGAAGUCGGUGCUUCGUCAAAAGAAUUGUACAUGACGGUGGGUGAGAACUCUGAAACCAGUUUCGAUGGCAACGAAAAUCGUGAACGUAAAAGACGACGAGUUCAUCGAUCGACUAAUGAUUCCGUCACAAACUACACAGCCAGCACCACCCAGGCAUCAUUGCCAAAACACUUUAAAGAUAUUAUAAAAGUAACCCAGAUGCGGAAUGCACAAACAUCAGUGUGCCAAGUGGACAAUUUAUUCGUGAUUGAAGUUCCGAAAAUUGAAACGACUGGCUUUCAUUUCUCGUGUAAAAUUUGUCUUCGGAAAUUCUUGCAUCCUUCUAAACUGGCGAGUCAUUUGCUGACUCAUAAGGACAUCAAAUACAGUUGCAAACACUGCUCAUUUGCGAUAUCCAAUUAUGAGGACAGUAUGGUUGAACACAUGAAAUGGAAUCAUCCCGGUAUGGACAGACACGACUUUUUGAUGGAUAUUUCGGAUGAAUUGGCAAACACAUGCUUCCGUUGUGGCUUUCACAAUAACACUAUUGGUCUGGCAUGUUCGCAUCAAAUCGCAAUCACCAGAGGAACGCAGAAGUUCGAAUGCAAAGUCUGUCACGGUGAUUUCUAUGGCUUUGAGAAUCUACGGAAUCACAUGCACACUGAUCAUCAGCUUUGUAAAUUUUGUAACAAAAUUAUCGCACAUCGUUUCACGCAGCAUAAGUGUUUACUGUCAGAGAAAAACAAAAGUACGAACAAUCAGGUCUACUACAAGAUAACCGCAUACGAUUGGUUCCAAGGCAAGAGAGAAGAUGUGAAGGAUGUGGAACAGGUCGAACAAACUGUUCGCUUACGAAACGGCACAAUGCAAGACAAUUAUGUGAAAAAACCAUCGAUUGACUAUGCAGAUGUUGAUGCCCCAGUUCCUGUGAUAAUGAAGCUCAUCACGUCAAAAGUGAAACCAGCCAAAGUUCAGAAGGUCAAUUUGAAAAUUCGGCGAAGAGGUGCAGAAGUGUUAGACGACAAUCAGGAUCGCAUCAAUACGUUCUUCGACAAUCUGUUCCCGAUGAAUCGCGGCGAAUCCAGUUCCGAUACGGACGUCAACAGACUGUUCAGUAUCGAUAACAGAUCGCAAACGGGAACUGGUGCGGUCAGAUGUAAAAUUUGCUUGGAAGAGUUUGUUUCGGCGCUGAAGCUCAAAGCACAUUUGAUUAUACACAAGAAUUUGAUGUACAAAUGCCAAUACUGUCCACUAGAGUUGGCGAACAAUGAAUACGGCAUGCGAUUCCAUAUGCGAACUGCCCACGAGGAACAAAGUAAAUUUGACUAUGGCAUAGAAGAUUCCGGUGAAAUAGUGAAUGUUUGCGCGAUUUGCAGUGAUAAUGUUGAACCAGGGGUUGCAUGUAAUCACGAGAAUGCGUUUACGAACGGAGUUGAUAUCAAGACGUGUCGGAAUUGCCCCAAAACAUUUUAUGGCGAUCCUGCACUUAGAGAACAUUGCCACGCAGAGCACGGUACCUGUAAGAUAUGCCAGCGAAUGUUUCCUCGACCAGCUACUUUGGCUAGACAUUAUGUCAAUCAUCAAAACAAGGAAUACUUCAAAUGCCACACGUGCCAAAAAGUUCUUUCGUCAGUGGGGACGUACAAAAAUCAUCUGUCGGAACAUACCGGUAACUACAGGUUCAGUUGCGAAGUAUGUGAUAAGAAAUUCAAUGUGAAGCUGAGCUAUGAAGAACAUUUACGGAGUCAUGACAUGAAGAAAAAGUACAUUUGUCACAUUUGUGGUCAAGGUUUCAUUCACAGUGCAACGUUUUUGAUUCAUAAAAUCUGGCAUCAAAAUCCAAUGCCAUUUGAGUGCAUCGUUUGCAAAAAGAAAUACAGAACCCGAUCAGCGCUGAGAAUGCAUGACAGAAAAGUGCAUUUGAAGACACCCACGACAUUCUGUCCGGAAUGCAAUAAGGGAUUGUACUCCCCCGCUGAUUUGAAAAAUCAUAUGGUCGUCCAUACUGGAAUCUAUAACUAUCCAUGUGAUCUAUGCCCUUCUAAGUUCUUUCGAUCGGACAGACUGCGUCGACAUCGUAAAAAUUGUCAUGGCAUUGAAGUUCCCAAAAAGCAAAUCGAAUAUAAAGUCGCGAUUCGACCGUUGCUGGGAGAAAUGCAGUAAUUCCAGGAGAGUCAAAUUUUUGGCAUUUUUGUAUUAAAUUUCUUUAUGGAGGCAGUUUAAUUAAACGUUUAUUGAAAUUCGUA